AUGUCUGAAGCAAGUUCCUCCAACUCCAAGCCCAUGGCGAAUCUCACUGCCCGUGAGCAGGAGACCAUCCUUGGGGCACUUCAGAACUUGAAGAGUGGAGAGAUACAAAUCGACUAUAACGGGAUGGCUGAGACUCUUGGUCUGAAAGACAACCGUUCUGCCGCCGCGGCGUGGAGCGCAGUCAAGAAGAAGCUCUUUGCCAAUACCAAGGGAGCCACGGAUGGUGAGGCGAGUCCAUCCAACCCAAAGACUCCAAGAAAGCGAAAAGAUCCAGCAGCUACCACUCCAAAGUCUGGCAAGAAGAAUACCAAGAGUCCAGAUACGGUCAAGGAUGAUGGCAAUGGUGGUGGCACCGACCUUGAGGCGGAAGGUGAAAUGAAUGCUGCAAAACAGGGAAUUCCCGCCACUCCCGGCACUCCUGAUGUCGAAGAGAUGCCAACCACUCCCCAAUCACCUGUCACUCCUGGUGCAACUCCAUCGACUGGCAAGAAGCGCGGUCGCAAAUCGAAAGCUGAGACAGAAACAGGGGCCGCUGUUGAGGGGGAAGCUCAAGCAGAUGGAGAAAAAGAGGCCAAGUCGGUAAAGAAGCCACGCAAGACUCCGGUGAAGAAGAAGGCGGCAGAAGAUGAGGCAGGUGAUGAUACUUCAGCUGCAACCCCAAAGAAACCUGCUGUUCGCCGCAACUCUGCUGCAAAAGCUUCCACUUCCACCACCAAACACGAUAUCGAGGAGAAAGAGUCUGCUACUGGUGCAACCGACGCAAAUGGUGCCGACAAGCAACUUACCAGCGCUACUAUUGGUCCUGAUGCUGGUUUCGAUUCUGGUGUCACUGCUGAAACUGAGACUCAAGUGACCACUUCUGUUGUCCAGAAUGAUGUCGCCACAUCCACCACCGACGAUGUCUAG